AUGGAGACUGAUCAAUCCGAAUCUCAUUCUCCAACAUCGUCUCUCAGAAACAAGCUUAAAUCCUCUCUCCGCCUCUCCUCUUGCUUCUCCAAUCACCACCACCACCACCAGAAUGGCAGCCAGGAUGAUCACGAGCCGUUUAAAUCUCCCGGGAAGGCCACACUCACGCGAACCUCGUCCUGGCGGAAUAAGUCCCGGGCCCACGAAAUUCCUGAAUUCAAAGAAAAGUGCGUGAACUUCAUCUCUCGAAUUGGUCGCCACAGCCAUGGUCACGGCCGCGGAUACCACCGGAGGCGUCACUCCAUGUCCGCGGAUUUCAAAUACGAUGCGACGAGUUACGCGCUCAAUUUCGACGAAGGAAUUGAUGAGAAUAGCUCCGACGAGUACCCCUUGCGGAAUUUCUCCUCCAGGUUGCCUCCGUCUCCCACCAGAGAGAUCCCGUGCAGUUGA